AGACCACAAGGUCCACAACAGAACUAUAAUAUAAAUUCCCGUUUCCCAAAAACCCCUCGGAUUCUCAUCGAGUUUUCAGUUCCUGCCCCUCGAAUGCUCCCCUGCUCCUCCCGCACUCUCUCUCUAACCCAGCCUUCUCUCUCUCCCUCUCUUUCUCUCUCUAACUCACGGUGACCGGGGUAAUGGUGGAUCCUGUGACGCCCUGCUACGACGAGGAGAGCUCGCUGUUGCAGGAGUCGAGCAUUGUCGACGGGUCGUGGCGGUUGAACUUCGACGGCUUCGAGGUGUCGUCGGAGCACAAGGAGAAGAAGCCUCCGCGCGGAAUCCAUGACUGCCUUGGGGUUUUAGGGACGGAGGAUACUGUGGCGGAGUAUUACCAACAACAGGUAGAAAUGCUCGAGGGCUUUACUGAAAUGGAUGCUUUGGCGGAGCGUGGUUUUAUUCCUGGAAUGUCAAAGGAAGAGAAGGAAAAGUUGGCAAAAAGCGAGACUUUUGCCAUCAGAAUAUCCAAUAUUGCAAACAUGGUUCUUUUUGCAGCUAAAGUUUAUGCAUCUGUCAGAAGUGGUUCAUUGGCCAUCAUCGCAUCCACAUUGGACUCAUUGCUUGAUCUUUUGUCCGGCUUCAUCUUGUGGUUUACUGCAUUCUCCAUGCAAACCCCUAGCCCAUAUCAGUAUCCUAUUGGGAAGAAAAGAAUGCAGCCGUUGGGAAUCCUUGUUUUUGCCUCUGUCACAACCCUGGGACUGCAGAUCAUCCUGGAGUCAUUGCGCACACUAGUUUCUGAUGAGGAUGAGUUCAGCUUGACCACGGAUCAAGAGCGAUGGGUCGUGGGCAUUAUGCUCUCGGUGACUUUGGUAAAAUUCCUUCUGAUGCUUUACUGCCGCAGUUUCAAGAACGAAAUUGUUAAAGCUUAUGCCCAGGAUCACUUCUUUGAUGUUAUAACUAACAUCAUUGGUCUCGUUGCUGUGCUCCUUGCUCAUUAUUUUGAUGAUUGGAUGGACCCCGUUGGAGCCAUCAUUCUGGCCUUGUACACCAUUCGCACAUGGUCGUUGACUGUGCUGGAAAAUGUGAACUCGCUAGUUGGAAGAUCAGCUGCUCCCGAAUAUCUACAAAAAUUGACGUACCUUUGCUGGAACCAUCACAAGGCAAUACGCCAUAUCGAUACAGUCCGGGCUUACACCUUUGGCUCGCACUACUUCGUCGAGGUUGACAUUGUCCUGCCGGCUGACAUGCCCUUACAAGAGGCUCAUGACAUAGGGGAAACGCUGCAGGAGAAGCUUGAGCUCCUGCCUGAAAUCGAGCGCGCCUUUGUUCAUCUAGAUUACGAGUUCAGCCACAAGCCGGAGCACGCACAGUCGCACUCAUAAAAGUGAGGAUAAUUCUAUUUGUUGUUGUGUUCAACUUUGUACGCUAGAAUCGAUCCCAAAUCGAAGGCAGUAAUAAACUGAAAAUGUGUAGAUGUUUGGUAGGCGUCAAGAACAAGUUGGGAUUCUGGUAACACUGGGAAAACAGCAUUUGUAUGGCCGGGUCGCAUGCACCUUUUAGUGAGACCCAGCAAUUUCAAGUUACUGUAUAUCACUACUCCUUGAGAAACUCGCAUGUUUUUCAACC